AUGGACCUGGGCAUUCAAUCGCAAAAUGGGUCCUCCCAGGCCUAUCAACAUCAAGGUCCAAGGCCUGCAGGCCAAGGAUAUUUCGAGUCAGCACAAGACGAUCAGAACCAGCAACCGGAUCAUUAUUACCAUCGGAGUCUGUUUUUGGAGCAAAUGAGAAGCUUUCAACAAGCGCCAGCCAUGCCUCAACUCGCUGUUUAUAACCCAUACGAUCCCCAACAUCCAUAUGUCAUCCCUCCGACGCCUUCACUUCCCGUUACUCCAACCCCUCGCACGACGUUUACCGAUUCUCAAAACAAAAUCUUGGAAAAACGAUUCCAAACAAACAAUCUGAUUCGCCAGAAGGAGCGUCGCGAGUUAGGAGAAGAGAUCGGGUUGAGUGAGAUGCAAAUCAAGAAUUGGUUCAAGAAUCGCAAACAGAAGAUCAAAAAUAAAAUGAAGAAGAUAAGGAAGCAGGAGCAAUCCUAG